AUGCUGAGGACGGUGCGGAGGGUGCUGAGGUCGCUUCGGACCCAGGCAGUGGCCCAGGCCCUAGUCCUUGGGCUGCCGGGUGGAGCGUGUGCCAGGCCUCCCUCCCUCCAGUGGGGCCUUCCCUCUCCUCGCAGUGUCAUCCUCCUGGCUGUUUGCGGAUAUGCCACCCAGAAACCAGUCCAGCCCAGCCAAGAAGAUGACCUGCCCCCUUCCACGCUGCUCAAAGACUACCAGAACAUUCCUGGAAUUGAGAAGUUUGACCAUGUCGUGAGAAGACUCUUGUCUUUAGAAAUGGCAGACCAGAAGGAGAAGCUAAAAAUCAAGCAACAGCAGCUGAUGAACAAGAUUGUGGCAAACCCUGAGGACACCAGCUCCCUGGAGGCUCGAAUUGUUGCCUUGACUGUCAAGAUCCGCAAUUACGAAGAACACAUGCAGAAACACCGAAAGGACAAAGCCCACAAGUGCUGUCUGCUGAUGAGCAUCGAUCAGAGGAAAAGGAUGCUCAAAAAGCUCCGGAAGACCAACUACAGUGUCUUCGAGAAGUUAUGCAAGGAGCCGGGGAUUGAGUACAUCUCUCCCCCUCUAUACCACCGGAAAGGACACCGACGCUGGGCAGCCAAGAAGGCCCUGUGCAUUUGGGUCUUCCAGGAGGUACAAAAGCUCAAGAAGCAAAAAAGGGCCUUAAAAGCUAAAGCAGCAGCGGCCCAGAAACAGGGCCAGAAGAACCCAGAGAGCCCUUCCAAAACUGGACCAGAGGCAGUCAAAGAAAACCAAUAAAUUUUAUUUGAGUUCUGUCAAAAAAAAGUUACAUUUCCAUACACGGUGAACAAUCCAAAAAGGAAAUUACAAAAACAAUUUCAUUUACAAUAGCACUAAAAAGAAUAAAAUACUUAGGAAUUAACCAGUGAGGUGAAAGAAUUGUACCAUGAAAACUACGAAACAUUGCUGAGAGAAAAAUAAAAAGGGACACCCUUGUGGCUCAGUAAAGCGUCUGCCUUUGGCUCUGGUCAUGAUCCCAGGGUCCUGG